CCAUCUCAUGAAUCUAACAGCCCAUUUGUUCUAUCAUCUGAAUGACGCCAGUAUCUGCACAAACAAGACAACAGAUUCCGUGUUUCAGAUUCUCCUGAGUAUGCUCGUGAAUCAAAGAAAAAUAGAAAGUCUCUUCAAAUCAAGCAAGGCAAGAUUCAGUAGCCGGAAAACACGAGUUGGACCUGAGAAGAAAGGCGAUGACGUGAGGUGAAUGAGGAGAGUUUGCCGGUCGAAGAUGCUCAGAAAGUGUGGAAAAGAAUCGGAGGCAGAGAAGCGGGUAAAAUCCGGCUGGAUUUCCGACCUCUAAAUCCCCAAUCACAAAGUUAUUGUCUCUCUUCACAUAGGCUCAAUCAACUCCCUUCAAGUACUUCCACUUAAUCCUUUUUAAUUACUGCAGUUUCUAGUUUUGUUUUUUUUUUUUUUUUUCGUUUUUGAAGUUAGAUUUUUUUUUUAAAGGAUGUUGCAGAUUGUUUUUGUUGUGAAGUGAUUGAAUUUUAAUUUCUGUUUUGUAAUUGCUAAAUUAGCAAUCAAUUUAUGCAAGAAAUCUUGUUUAGAUAGCCUUUAGCUAAAACUUCUGUUUUUGGAUCACCUUGGGUUGUUCAGGCAUAGCUUAAUUUGGAGGCAUUCUUCAUGUUUUGAUCAGGUUGAUUUGACAAAGGGACGGUAUUUGCUAUUUGCUGCAUCAGCAGCUGUUUAUGAUAUUCAACGAGCUACAAUUUAUAAGAGAGCUGGCUGUAUUGCAAAGAACAAGAUCUUUGGCAGCUGGCCAGAACUCAUUUAUAAAUUUAUAAGUGCCACACAAGAAACAUGCUACUUAUGGGCAUGGCCCGAAACACUCAACGAUUGCUCAAAUGGCAGCUAAGGGGUCUAUCAGGCAAAUAUUACAUACAGGGAUGUUGUAUGGUCAUGACCGUGCCGGCUCAUUAUGGUAUUGUAACUGGUUUGAAAGUAACUGAGGAUGGCAUGCAUCUUCUAAGUGCAGUGUAUGGCUCAAGAAUAAGGUAGUGGAAUCUGGCCACGAUACACCUGUAAACUCUGAAACAGUGCACCUACAGACCAGCAAGGGCAUUCAAUUAGCCACAUCUCAGGAUUCAGCUGUCACUUUUGUUCCAUGCAUGAGAGUUGUGAAAGUUAAUUGUUCUUUUGGUGCCUUCGUUGUCUAUUUAAUUUUGCAUGGUAGUGUUACAUAAAUAAGGUUGUUUGGGAACCUACACCCCUUAAUUCUGUUCUCUGAAUUUUUAAGCAUUAGAUAUUUGGUCCGGUAAAACCUCCUUGACGUUUCGUGGGCACUAUGAAUGCUGGAACUGUUUCUGGUUUAGUUCGCAGGAUCGGGUACAACAAUCGCCCAAUCAACAUUCUGUGGUUUC